GCCGCCGCGGCGGAGGCAUGGCCGCGGGGGCCGCGGUGCGCGAGGCGGCACCGGCGCUGGAGGCGCCUCCCCAGCACGAGCAGAUCUCUCACACAAAGCUUUCUGCGGAUGAUGAAUGGAACCUGCAGCAGGAAAGGAUGUACAAGAUGCACCGGGGCCAUGAGUCCAUGCACGUGGAGAUGAUCUUGAUCUUCCUCUGCGCACUGGUCAUCGCCCAGAUAGUGCUGGUACAGUGGAGACAGAGGCAUGGCCGGUCCUACAAUCUGGUGACACUGUUGCAGAUGUGGGUUGUCCCUCUGUAUUUCACGAUAAAACUUUACUGGUGGCGGUUUCUGUCUAUGUGGGGAAUGUUCUCAGUUAUUACCAGUUACGUCCUCUUCAGAGCUACCCGAAAACCCCUCUCAGGGAGAACACCAAGAUUGGUCUACAAAUGGUUUCUUCUAAUCUACAAACUCAGCUAUGCAUUUGGUGUUGUGGGUUAUUUGGCCAUCAUGUUUACAAUGUGUGGAUUCAAUUUAUUUUUCAAAAUCAAGGCUAGAGAUUCCAUGGAUUUUGGCAUUGUAUCCUUAUUCUAUGGCCUCUACUAUGGCGUAAUGGGGAGAGAUUUUGCAGAGAUCUGUUCGGAUUACAUGGCUUCUACUAUAGGGUUCUACAGCGUCAGUGGGAUGCCCACAAGGAGCUUGUCAGACAAUGUGUGCGCCGUCUGUGGGCAGAAGAUCCUUGUGGAGCUCAAUGAAGAAGGGCUCAUUGAAAACACCUACCAGCUCUCAUGCAAUCAUAUCUUUCACGAAUUCUGCAUCCGAGGUUGGUGUAUAGUUGGUAAAAAGCAGACUUGCCCUUACUGCAAAGAGAAGGUUGAUUUGAAGAGGAUGAUCAGUAACCCCUGGGAGCGCACACACUUUUUAUAUGGACAAAUCCUGGAUUGGCUUCGUUAUUUGGUGGCCUGGCAACCCGUGGUGAUUGGAAUAGUUCAAGGCAUUAAUUAUUCACUAGGGCUGGAAUAGUACAGCAGACUUACUCCAGAAGCAAUGUGUUGCAUGUUGAAAUAUUUUUAAAUCCUUGAUCCUACACUUAAUAUCGAUAUUCUUUUUUUUAAUUUCAGAGGUGAUCCCAAGAGUUUAGAGAACUGAGCCUUACCUAAGCAGUCUGUCUAUGUGGAAAGAAUUUAGAGAGAAGCUGAAUGUCAAAAGUUCAGAAAAAAACCAAAAGUGAAACCAAUGAAUCUGUGAAGUAGCAAUUAGUAAAAAUUUAUUGUGCACACAUCUAAAAGAUAGUUUGCAAACCAGGAGCACUCAGACCAAAACACAGAAUGAGGCUCAGCGCUAUAUGUUAUAAAGCAGCUUAUAUAGUGUGGAGGCAGUGACUGUUUAUUCUUCAUGGUGAUUGGUUACAAUACGGGAAUUUUCUUAAAUGAAAGGGAAUUGGUUAGUGAUCACCUCAUCUCAAUUUGGGGAGAACAAUUUAAGUUUUGCUUAUGAUUUUCAGAGGUGUAAGCAAGAAGUGAUCUCGGUCAAGUUAGCUUUGCUUGUUCCGCAAAUUAAGCUAAAUUAAGCUUUGCUUGUAUGACUAACCUGGUUUUGUCCACUGAAGGAGUUUUCAAGUCUGGCCUCUGUUUGUGUUUGGUUUUAACAUGAACAACAGAAUAAACAAAUAGAGCACA